CUUGUUUUCCUUGCCGAUUUUUUCCGCUCUCGUGCCUCUGAAGGGUUAGGUCCCUGUAAUUCUCAGCCAAUAGCUUUCGCGUCGCUGGGCGGCUUAUGCAAAUUAAGCCUCCUCACGACUCUUCCUCCUCCUCCUCCAUUUUGGGAAGGGUCGACUCUAGACUGAAAGGCAAGCCAUUAAAAACAACGACUGGCAGUACUGUGUCAUUCCAUCAUGAUUGUUUUGCCACCUGGGUUAACAGAAGAUGAGGAGGCUCUGCAGAAGAAAUUUGCCAAGCUUAAGAAAAAGAAAAAGGCCCUCAUGGCCUUAAAAAAACAGCAGGGUUCAACCAGUCAGGCUAUCCAGGGAGGAAUUAAACGAUCCAUCUCAGAUCAGCCAGUAGUCGACACCGCGACAGCCACAGAACAAGCCAAGAUGCUGGUGAAAACGGGGGCCAUCAGUGCCAUUAAGGUUGAGAACAAGAACUCGGGAUUCAAACGCUCUUGGACUCGGAAGGUGAAGCCAAAAGAGACCAAGAAGGGGUCUGCCCCAACUUACCAGCCCUUUCAGCGCAGCGUCUCAGCGGAUGACGAUUCCCAAGAGAGCCGGCGCCCCUCAAGGAAGUAUCUCUAUGAGAGUUUUGUGAGCUCCAGCGAUAGCCUGAGAGAUCCAGAGAACGAGCCAGAAGAAGGCAGAGAUCCAGACAAAGAAACCGAUCAGAGUGAAAGUCUGCAUGGACAUGAGAGGAACAAUGACCGGGAUCGUAGCCGGGACAGGAGUAGGGACCGGGACAGAGACCGAGACCGAGACCGGGACAGAGAUCGAGAUCGAGACCGGGACAGAGAUCGAGACCGAGACCGGGACAGAGAUCGAGGGCGUGAACGAGACCGGGACAGAGAAGGCUUCCGUCGAUCGGAUUCUUACCCCGAAGGACGUCUUCCCCGCAAAGGGAACACGGUCUACGUCUCCGGGGCAAAUAUGAAUGAGGCCAUGUUGACCACGGCUUUCUCAGCCUUUGGGAAGAUCAUUGACCUCUCUUUAGACAGCGUCCGCAAUUGUGCUUUUGUGACCUAUGACAAGAUUGAAUCAGCAGAUCAAGCUAUUGCUCAGCUCAACGAGACCAUGGUGGAAGAUGUGAAGCUGAUGGUUAGCAUCGCUCGCAAGCAGCCCAUGCUGAAUGUGGCCGUCGGCAACUCCGUGUGGGGAACUUUGGCUGUGAUAAACACCAUCAAUGGUUCUCAUCAAGACAAGCGAUCCCAGGUUAUCUACAAGGAAGAGAACUUCUGAAGCGCAGGAAGACCCGUUUUCCCCAUCCGCUCUCUGCCUUUUCAUUUAAAUGAUUCAAAUAAAUGAUGGCUUUUAAAAAAAA